AUGGACCAAAGAAACAAUGCUUUCCAGGCAAAAUAUAACGACUACAAGCAGACUUUAGAGGAGUUACAGAGCAAGAUAAUCGAACUAGGACAUGAUAAAGAUGAACACGAUGUAGUAUUGAAUACCUUAAAUGGGACAAACCCCGAAAGGAAGUGCUAUCGUAUGAUUGGCGGCGCCUUGGUUGAGAGCGAUGUUAAGACAACCAUCCCUAUCUUGAGCCUAAAACAAUCCAAAUUAUCGCAGACCGUAUCAGAAUUGAAAUCUGAGUUAACAAAGGUAGCAGUGGAAUUUGAAAAAUGGAAGAAGGAUAAUAAAAUUCAAGUUGUCAAACAAUGA